ACAAGUUUAUGGCGCGGGGGGGGGGGGGGGGGUAGUUAUGGAGAGAAGUAUAAUCGGAUCAUGUUCAGUCCGUGUCUCCGCGAGUGUUUUGUUUAGCAAAAAAAAAUAAAAAUACUAUGUGCGUAUAGAGAAGUCGUGCAAUCGCCCAGCUCUAUAACUGAAUACAUAGAAGGGCGUCUGGGCGAGAAAGAGCUGAAUUAUCCCUCGUUGGAGUGGAGGGACAGGUCUGUUUUUCCGUUUCCAAGGACUGUAUUGCUGAUGUCACCGCAGAGGAGGAGGGCACCAGACAAGGACAGGUGCGCGGCGUAAAGUUGCCGAUCCAGUCUGUUUGGGUCGAGCUGGGAAACGAACAGCUGUUACGGAGAUCAGUACGUUGAACUUGUUUUGACUGCAAUUCCAUGAAUUUGUCUGCAAAUUUCUGGAUUAUUUGGAGAUACAAACAUCGCAUUUGAAACGAGGAAGACUACCGGGCACUAUUAAAGUCCCUUCUAUGUUGUUAGAUUGGAGUUUAACCGCAAAAAAGGAAGGCCCUGUUGAGGGGGGCGUGGGGUCGAGACACCCCAGCACCAAAACCGACACUUUCUGUCUCGAUGCGACACUGACGCAGUCGGUUGGCCUCGCAUCCAAGCGUGCGAAGAGGUGAUGCGCGAGUGAUCCACGGUGGCGACCGGCCACAUUCCAUGUGGAACAGACUACUUAUCAUCGAAGUGGAAUACGACGCUUGAUUGAAUCUGCAAUGAUUCCCCUGUGCGUCACUGCGUCUUAGCACCACUAACCGCUCUCUCCUUUACGGAAGAUCGUGUUCGGGCUGCAGAAAAAGAGCAACCAACAAUGUCCAAGACGCUCAAAAAGAAGAAGCACUGGUCUGCUAAAGUCCAGGAGUGCGCCGUGUCGUGGGGGGGAUCCGGUGACUUGGUCACGAUGGUGGAGGUACGAGGCGGCGCCGAGCAGGGGGAGUUCCCCUACCUCGGCCACAUUGCAGGCGAGGCGAUGGUCUGUCACGCCGGAAGACUUCCAGGCAGCGGGGACGUGCUGCUGGAGGUCAACGGCACUCCGGUGAGCGGGCUCACCCACCGGGACACGUUGGCUGUCAUCCGUCACUUCCGAGAGCCCAUCCGGCUGAAGACAGUCAAACCAGGGAAGGUGUUGAAUGCCGAUUUGCAACACUACCUCAGCCUGCAGUUCCAGAAGGGUUCCCUGGACCACAAGCUUCAGCAGGUGAUCAGGGACAACCUGUACCUGCGCACGAUUCCCUGUACAACUCGGCAGCCCAGAGAGGGGGAAGUUCCUGGAGUGGACUACAACUUCAUCAGUGUGGAAGAGUUUCGUAAUCUGGAAGAAUGUGGACUGCUGCUGGAGAGCGGAACUUAUGAUGGUAACUACUAUGGAACGCCUAAACCGCCUGCCGAGCCGAGCCCUGUACAGCCAGACUUGGUGGACCAGGUCUUGUUCGAUGAAGAUUUUGACAAUGAAGUCCAACGAAAGCGCACAACCUCAGUCAGCAAGAUGGACAGGAAGGACAGUGCAGCCCCGGAGGAGGAGGAUGAAGAAGAGAGGCCUCCAAUGGUCAAUGGUCAAGCUGAUCACGAGGACAAGGCGGACUGGAGGAAGUCCGUGCCCAGCUACAAUCAGUCAGCUGCGGCCAUGGACCUGCGAGCGUGGAGUGCCAUGGCACAGGACGAUAGUCAGGAGCCCCUGCCAAAGAACUGGGAAAUGGCCUACACAGAGACCGGCAUGGUCUAUUUUAUAGACCAUAACAGCAAAACCACAACCUGGCUGGACCCACGGCUCGCCAAGAAGGCCAAGGCUCCUGAGAAAUGCGAAGAAGGAGAGUUGCCCUACGGCUGGGAGAGGAUCGAGGACCCCCAGUAUGGCACCUACUAUGUAGACCAUAUCAACCAGAAGACUCAGUUUGAGAAUCCAGUCCUUGAAGCAAAGAGAAAAGUAAGCGUCGAGACGCCCUCCGCAGCAUCCUCAACAACGGCCACACCCUCAGAGGAGCCUGUCCACGGGGUGCGACACUUCACACGAGACCCGUCUCAGCUGCAGGGCUCCAUCUAUCAAACUGCACUUCGAAAAAGCCCCCAGGGCUUCGGCUUCACCAUUAUCGGAGGAGACCGACCAGACGAGUUUCUUCAGGUCAAAAAUGUCCUUCCUGAUGGGCCUGCUGCACAUGACAAGAAAAUUGCCUCUGGUGACGUGAUUGUUGACAUCAAUAGGACAUGUGUGCUGGGGAAAACCCAUGCUGAUGUGGUGCAGAUGUUCCAAUCCAUCCCCAUCAACCAGUAUGUUGACAUGGUCCUGUGCCGUGGUUACACACUACCCGGAGAUUCUGGGAGUGGUGGGGACGCGUCCAAGGAGUCUUCUCCCGCCGCUACCAAGUCUCAGGACCACCUACACAAGGUCCAGGAAGGUGGAACCCUCCCCAGGCAGACUGCUGCGGUACCGCCCAUGACUAACGGGGGGCGUCACCAUCACCACCAUGCGCACCAUCACCUCCACCAUCACCACCCUCCUCAUGUUCACAACCAGGAGGGCCCAGAUGCCACCCUGCUCCAGCCCGAGCUCAUAAGCGUGCCUUUAUUGAAAGGCCCUGGAGGUUUUGGCUUUGCGAUUGCUGACUGCCCCUUGGGUCAAAAGGUGAAGAUGAUUCUCGACGCACAGUGGUGCCGUGGUCUGCUGAAGGGUGACGUCAUCAAAGAGAUUAACAGACAGAACGUGCAGACGUUGAGUCACUCGCAGGUGGUGGACAUCCUCAAAGACUUGCCCGUAGGCAGUGAAGUCAACGUGCUGGUGCUCCGAGGAGGUCAGACAUCACCUGUGAAAUCAUUGAAACCCUGCACGGCACCAACAUCUCAGCCUGCUCCUCAGCAUGCACCCCAACCAACAUUCCAGCCUGCCUCUCAACAGACUCCUCACCACACCCACCCUACUCCUGCCACACAGUUGCAGCGACCGGAGCUAAACCACAGCCCUGAGACUCUCGGUCAUGCAGAGGUGCCCCCUCAUCUGCUCUCCAAUGUCAUGAGCUCAUCUUUUCCCAAACCAGAUGCUUCAGAACUAUACGUCAAGUCCAAGGCGUUGUUGAAUAGCCAGCCUGCAAACACCAAGGACCUAGAUGUGUUCAUCAAGAGAAACCAAGAGUCUGGCUUUGGCUUCAGGGUCCUUGGAGGCGAGGGGCCGGAGCAGCCGGUGUACAUCGGUGCCAUCGUCCCGCUGGGUGCAGCGGAGAAGGACGGGCGCCUGAGGGCGGGUGAUGAGCUGCUUGGUAUAGAUGGCGUGCCAGUGAAAGGCAAAUCACACAAACAAGUACUGGAACUGAUGACCAACGCUGCCCGCAAUGGCCAGGUCAUGCUAACGGUCCGCAGGAAACUGACGCAUUCAGACGGUGGCGGCUGGGAAGAGGAGGGCAGGCAGCAGACCCCGCAUGUGACACCUGCUCUGGUCGGCAGCUCUCCAUUGACUGCCCGAGGGGACCCCCUGAAAACCGCAUAUCCCUCUCGACAGGAGCCCUUUGAAGUCACACUGCAUCGAAAAGACAACGAAGGCUUCGGCUUUGUCAUUCUCACCUCAAAGAACAAGCCCCCUCCCGGAGUAAUACCUCACAAGAUUGGACGUAUCAUUGAAGGAAGCCCUACUGACCGUUUGGGCCAGAUGAAGGUGGGUGACCGAAUCUCUGCUGUAAACGGUCAGACCAUCAUGGAGCUGUCACACAACGACAUUGUCCAGCUCAUCAAGGAAGCAGGCACUUCAGUUACCCUCACCGUUGUACCUGAAGACGACAGCAUGCCUCCCUCCACCACAAACUCAGCCAUGCAGAGUCCCUCGGUGCAUCCAAGAGCUGUUGGCCAGCAGGCUCCCAACUAUGCAGACAGGAAUGGUGACAUGGGAACACUCAAUGCACCAGGCCUAAAGCAGGACUGUUUUGUGGUGGAGUUGGAUCGUAGCCAGAGGGGUUUCGGCUUCAGCCUGAGGGGUGGUAAAGAGUACAACAUGGGCUUGUUUAUCCUGCGCCUGGCUGAGGAUGGGCCUGCACUUAAGGAUGGAAGGAUACAUGUUGGUGAUCAGAUUGUCGAGAUCAACGGUGAGGCCGCUCAGGGCAUCACGCACACUCGGGCCAUCGAGCUGAUCCAAGCCGGAGGCAAUAAAGUUCAUCUGUUGCUCCGACCCGGCCAGGGUUUGGUUCCCGAUCACAAUUCAAAGGAAAACGCAAUCAUUCCAACCUCAAGCUUGCCCAAGCAUUCUGUCACUGAUGAGCAGCUAUCAUCUCCAGCCUCUCCAUCCUCUGUCUCCAUCUCAGAAUGGUCCCCAUCUUCACCCCCGGUAACCAUCUCUGAUGACUUCUCCAGAACAGAGCUGUGGUCAGUGGGCUCGCCUACCACAGGGAGGGCGCAUGCACGUCAACCUAACAGAUUAACAGGGCAGCAGGUUUCCACCAAGCGUACCACUAGUCCUGGCGCACAAACCAGGAAAACAAGCCGCAGUGACUGCAAGAGAGCGACUGAAAGCGGAGCAGAUCACGCCAACAGAUCCCACAGCCCCAAGAAAACAGAGCGGGGAUCCUUGGAGGACAUGAAGAGUCUUCGGAAGCACGAAGGGAAGAGAGACCAUCGCUCCUCCAGCCCCAAGAAGAGUUCCAAGAGAGAACAUGACCCUGCUGUGCCUUUAAGGAACCAGGAGGGGUCCCAAAGCCCGCGCCGCCCAGCGGGCCAGCAACCGGCCGGGGAGGGGCGAAGGUACAAUGAUGAGGUUGCAGCGCAUUGGCAGGAGAGAGGCACUACAGAAAGCGAUCGACACAGGAGGGGCAAAAAAGUUGAACAAGAGGCGGUGGCACAAAAGUCACAUGUACACAGGGAGAGGUCGGCAUCAGGUGCCGAGACGCUGAGUCGCAGGAGUGUAAAAGAGAAAGAGAGUAGGUCACAGAAGUUGCCUGAAGAUGGAAGUAAAAAGGACCCCAGGGGGUCCAGCAGUAGCAUCCAGGACCCUGGCUGCAAUGGCACGUCCAGCAGCAAGAAGCCUCCCAUCACGCCGGGGCCGUGGAAGGUUCCCAGUCCGAGCAAGAUCCAGUCCCAGGCGGACACAACAUAGAAACCAUCUCGUCAUCAUGGACUAUGAUUUCCUUUCACCCAGUUUUGCCUGGCUCAGUCUGCUGAGGCUGAUAUGUGUUCCUCCAUGCACGCUGGAAUCUGCUUUAGAAUCUGAAUUUGUUUUGUCUUUUGUUUUUUUGUUUGUUUGUUUUGGGGGGGGUCAUUUCAGAGUCCAAUUUGAAGGAAACUGACCUAUUUCCCCAUUCACUGUGAGACUUGGAUGAAGGAUCUGAUUUUAGUCACUGUGAAGGUUCAAGGCACAUUCCUGUGCUGGCUGAUUGUCCGUUGAUUGUGGACGUAUUCUAGGUGUUGGAAAAGUUUGGUGUUUUUUGGCAACACUAUUCCAUUGAUGAGCUGACCGCUUUCAUACUCAUCUGAGGUGACGACUCUCAUGAUCUUGUCAACGUGCUGACAGCUUUUAUGGAGCUUUUGAAACACCCCUCAACAGACCGGACACUUGUGCUUAUUGUUCUCGUAUUUGUUUUACCUGUGUUGAUAGUAAUGUAACUUAUUGAAAUGGUAACUGUCAGUAAACAUGCUAAGUCAUUUCACUUGUCAGGUCUUAAAGGUCUGCGAUUGUCUGGCAACCAAUUCGGGGUGUACCCUGCCUACUGCCCGAAGACAGCUGGGAUAGGCUCCGGCUCCCCCCGUGACCCUAGUGAGGAUAAUGCGGUCCGGAUGAUGAAUGAAUAUUAACAGUAUAUUAUAUUAUAUUAUGUUAUAGUAUAUUAUAUUAUGUUAUAGUAUAUUAUAACAGUGUAUAUUAACAGUUUAAAAUGACAAGUGUGCGACAAGAAAGGUUUUGGCAAUGGGGGGGAAAUCUAUAAUAGCAUGAUCUGCCUACAUUAUAUCCACACACACACAAAAAGGGAAAUUGUGGUGUUAAAAUUGCUCGUGCACAGGUCCUGAAGGUUUGACAACUGCAAGAACUGCACAAUCUAUACCUUCUGUGAUCCGUAUGGGUCAACUUUGCAGCUCUGUUUUUUCGGUCAUGUGGCUAUCAUGUAUUUGCAAGCUUUUCCAUAUCGCUGUAGCGUUGACUUAAUAUACCUGAUCUGAGCGUUUUUUAUCAAAGUGUUUACGACAUACUGACAUAUUUUAGAUGAAUGGAAUUAACAGAACUUGAUUGUAAAAAGUGACGGCUCUGACUCCAGCAUUCUUAAAACAAUGCUUAUAUACCGGUACUGUUAUCACUAGAAAUAUGGCCACCCGAGCAAUUAAAUGUUUUCUUUGUUCAUCUCACAUUUUAUUUGCCACUAAAUUACUCCCAACAAGUUAAAAGUCUCAAGUCAAGGUUUGUUCUUCAAAUUCUUGAGAAUUGACAUUUUAUUUUUUAUAUUAAUUAUACACACCAUAAACAAUUAUUUUUUCAAGGUUUUCAUCCAGAUGUGUGUGUGUGUGGGGGGGGGGGAUAAGAAUGACCCAACUGGGAGUGGAAAAUUACAGAGUUUAUCAAAGGAAGUCAACCAGUGGCCCACGUUCUAUAAUAUAACCUCUCUGUGGACUUAUUGGGGUGAUUUUUAACCUGCACUGAUGUUGCUGCUCUUGAACACUGUGUUGUCUGGUGGCUCGCACACUUAUAUUCACACGCUUGUUGCCAUGUGAAGCAUCAGACUGCCUGUUGAAGGAUGUACAGAAGAACCUGUCUGUGGCAUCAUUCUUUUUUUUUUUUGUCAUCUACGUUGUUAUGGUUGACCCCUGUACUGUUUACCGUGUAUUCCAUUAACACUUAUGAGACUGUGGCCUUGGAUCGCUCAAACACAUUUAAGAAAUAUAUAGUUUUCACGUCACAGUUAGUUGUAAUUGUUUUUAAAUUGUACAGCACCUGUAUAAAUCUUUGCCGUCAUGCAGAAAAACUAUCUAUCAUCUGUACAUUGUUUCAUUAUUUUUGUAAGGGAACUGACAGGAAAAGAUAUAAAAUUGGUGAAAAUAAAUAACCUUGCAUUCUGAUCAUGCACUGAUGAAUAAAGGUUUACUGAAUAAUCAGAA